CCCGGCGCCAUCGCCAUGAAGGAUCACGACGCCAUCAAGCUCUUCGUGGGGCAGAUCCCGCGUAACCUGGAGGAGAGCGACCUCAAGCCGCUCUUCGAGGAGUUCGGCCGCAUCUACGAGCUCACCGUCCUCAAGGAUCGCUUCACCGGCAUGCACAAAGGCUGUGCCUUCCUCACCUACUGCGCCCGCGACUCGGCCCUGAAGGCGCAGAGCGCCCUGCACGAGCAGAAGACGCUGCCGGGGAUGAACCGCCCUAUCCAGGUGAAGCCGGCCGACAGCGAGGGCCGAGGAGAAGACAGGAAGCUCUUUGUGGGCAUGCUGGGGAAGCAGCAGAGCGAGGACGACGUCCGGCGCCUCUUUGAACCCUUCGGCCAGAUCGAGGAGUGCACCAUCCUCCGAGGGCCCGAUGGAGCCAGCAAAGGUUGUGCCUUUGUGAAAUACGGCAGCCACGCCGAGGCACAGGCUGCCAUCAACAGCCUGCACGGCAGCCAAACCAUGCCGGGCGCCUCGUCCAGCCUGGUGGUGAAGUUUGCGGACACAGAUAAGGAGAGGACCCUGCGGCGGAUGCAUCAGAUGGCGGGGCAGCUGGGCAUCUUCAACCCCAUGACCAUCCAGUUCGGCGCCUACGGGGCCUAUACGCAAGCGAUCAUGCAGCAGCAGGCGGCCCUGAUGGCGGCCGCGCAGGGGACCUGCCUGAACCCCAUGGCUGCCAUCGCCGCUGCCCAGAUGCAGCAAAUGGCCGCCUUCAACGUCAGCGGGCUGGUGGCCGCCCCCCUCACCCCCUCUUCAGGUACAAGCACUCCCCCCGGCAUCAGCACGGCGCCCGUGCCCAGCAUCGCCACGCCGAUCGGGGUGAACGGCUUCAGCCCGCUCCCGCCGCAGACCAACGGGCAGCCCGCCUCGGAGACCAUCUACACCAACGGCAUCCACCCCUACCCAGCUCAAAGCCCCACGGUGGCAGAUCCCCUCCAGCAAGCCUACGCAGGCAUGCAGCACUAUGCAGGUCCAGCGUAUCCCACCGCCUACGCACCCAUCAGCCAAGCCUUUCCCCAGCAAGCGCCCAUCAUCCCGCAGCAGCAGCGGGAAGGUCCCGAAGGCUGUAACCUGUUUAUUUAUCACCUGCCCCAGGAGUUCGGGGACGCGGAGCUCACGCAGAUGUUCUUGCCUUUCGGCAAUGUCAUCUCUGCCAAAGUCUUUGUGGACCGUGCCACCAACCAGAGUAAAUGCUUUGGUUUCGUCAGUUUUGACAAUCCGACGAGCGCUCAGGCAGCCAUUCAGGCCAUGAACGGCUUCCAGAUCGGCAUGAAGAGGCUAAAAGUCCAGCUAAAGCGGCCGAAAGAUGCCAACAGACCCUACUGA